AUGGGUGAUCCGUACCCUUAUGGGCUGCUCGAUUUCCAGCAACUCAUAGCUGGAAGAAGCAGCCACCAUGAUUUGCCCGAGCCACCGUGUCUGGGCGGUGCCACUGCCGGUGCUGCAGCAGUGCCGGCUGCUCCAAUACCUAACAACUAUAACGUCGUUUUCUCUCAUGGGUUUGCUACUACCUUCGCUCCUUCAAAUCAUCAUCGAGACUGUUCCUCAAGUGUUGUCAAUAAUAUUAGUCCCACCUCCACAAACCCUACUGUUACUGCUUCUGCUUUAGCAAAUCAUGGCACUACCACUGCAUUCUGUAGCAGCAGCAGCAGCAGCAUGGAAGUUGCAGAAAAGGGAUGGCUUGGAUUUGAUGCUGCGAACAAUAGAUGGCCUAGACAAGAGACUCUUUUGCUCUUAGAGAUCAGAUCUCGUCUUGAUUCGAAGUUCAGAGAGACCAAUCACAAAGCUCCCUUAUGGAAUGAAAUCUCUAGGAUAAUGAGCGAAGAAUAUGGGUACCAAAGAAGUGGAAAAAAAUGCAAAGAGAAGUUUGAGAAUUUGUACAAGUAUUACAAGAAGACCAAGGAAGGGAAAGCAGGAAGACAAGAUGGGAAACACUACAGAUUCUUUCGUCAGCUUGAGGCAAUAUGUGGAGAAUCAACCAGGAACAUUACUACUUCUGCUAAUUACCAACCUCCAUUGAUGACCUUCACAGAUGGUGAUGAACACAUUAACAACAACAACAACAACAUCAAGUACUGCUCAAAGAGCCUUAGCCUGUCAAACAAUUCAUCAGACCAAUUCGAGACAUCCUCAUGCGAAAACAAUGAUGACAAGGACCUGUCAGCCAUUGCCUAUGGGAUGAAGCAAAAGCAUGUGGAGAUAGACCGCCAAAUUAGACACAGUGGAGUGAGGGAGAGGAAGAGCUUGAGAGGUGAGGUUGAAGAGAUUGUGGACUCUAACAUGAGGAAGAUCAUAGAGAGUCAAGACGCUUGGAUGGAGAAGAUGAUGAGUGUGGUUGAGCACAGAGAGCAGGAAAUGAUGUACAAGGAAGAAGAGAGGAAAAAAGAUUCAAUAAAAUUCGAUCAAGAAGUGUAUCAACUCUGGGCUAAAGAGAGAGCUUGGGUUGCGACUAGAGACACUGCAUUAAUGGAGGUCGUGAAGAAACACUUGGGAAAAGAGAUAACAACAGAUCAUCAUCAGCCUAUGGUUGAGGAAUACGAAGAAGAACCACAAGCCAAGAAUAAGAACAAUGGUGAGCGCGGACAGAACUGGAGAUUUCAAAUCUGAUAUAGCUGAGGAGUGGCUUUGAAAUGAGACUCCAAGAAGGUGGAGGUGGAAGUGGCCAGUGGGUAGAUAUUGGAGAACAACAAUAAUGGUGUUUGUUUGGGAUGAAAUAGCAACAAAAAUGGCGUAUAUGGGAUUUGAUAUGAGUGCCAGCAAAUACAUGCAGUGACAAUAACAAGACAACAAUAGAGAGUAAAAGUAGUGUUGUGAAAACGAGGAUGUUGUGUCGGGGACUUCAUCUGACUGAGGAUGAAAUUUCACAUUCAAGCUCUAACGCUGGAACUAGAGGUAAUUAUCUAACAGCUGCUUCAGAGUUCUACUACUGCAUACUUAAGAGAAAGCUUCAAAUUAAAAAAAAAAAGGUUGUGGGUGUUCGUGUUUUGCUAAGCACAUGUAUCAUUCUAUUAAAGACAAUUCUGUUCCAAACAGUGUCGCCCACUAAAUGUGGACACUUCUUUCAACGA